GAACGCUUCCAUGCAGCGUGCCGCUGAAGAUGUUACACCACGCCUGAGUUUGGAUGCACACCACGAUCUCCAUUAACAUCAGGGCUGUGAGACCCCAACCAUAUAAGAGAGGAAGUCUCCUGCCAGUGGCAACGAAAGUACGCCUUCAGCUCGGUGCUAUCAAUUAGGAUUGUACUCAAGAUGCCUGCUCAAGCAAAGCCCUCGAGAGCAUCACAGAGGUACUCUGCUGGCACACAAUUUGAUGUACCAAUGAGUGUCUUCAACGCGGAUCUCCUGGCGCUUGAUAGGAGAAGUGGGAGUCGAAGUUCGAAGGGAGCGAACCAGCAAUCCCCCAACAGCACCCACACUUACGCCCGUCCGAUCGGCACCGAGCUCGUAUGCAAAAAGCACCCCUCGUGCUCCGGCCUCCCUCCAACUUGGAACCACAUCCACGACCGCUUCAUCACCUACCUAGCGACCCACGCACCGCUUGACAGGAACGGCAACGUCCCGCGGCAGGAGGAGAAUCGGGAGCGUUGGAAGAGCGAAGACAUUUCUCGACUUGCGAUGGAGAGGUUCCCGGAGAUCGGAAGAUACUACCAAAUCAAGGUUAGCAUGAUCGAGAAGCGUCUUGCACUCCUUGACCAAGCCGAGAACGACUACUUCAAGAUGCCGUACGGAGCUUAUGCGAGUGAGGAAUGGGGACGUGGAAUCUGAUCAUCUCCUUCCGGAAGAGUUUCUCGGCGUACUUUCUUUCAAAGCGUGUGCAUGCAGACUCUGGGAAUUGGGCUCUGAAGAUCAGUUUGCUUUUGCGUUUUUUGGAGUUGAUUAAUAGAAAACGGUCCCCAAUACAGUAUCUAAGCUUGUGAAAUAGGGGCUUAGGUUCGGGCAA